AGAAAAAAUCCAUCCAGCCGACUUACCGUUUGUGCAUAGAAUCGUGACCAUUUUACCUAACCAGUUUCAUGGCAUCAUUGGUGAUCACGGUGAAGGCAUGCCUAUUGAGCGGAUUAAAUUAUCUCAUGAUAAGAAAUAUCUCCUGAGCUGCGGUCAUGACGAGUCCUUACGCUUCUGGGACGUGGCCCAUUUGUUCGAAGAAGAAGACGACCAAGAGGAGGACGAAACCAAAGAAGAUACAGAAGAUAAAGAGAGCUCUUUGUCUAGCACGGCGUUGCCUGUUGAAGCGGAAAGUAAUGAAAAACAGCCGUCUGACGAGAAGGAAGACAAGAGUGACAAGGAGGACAAGGACGAUGACGGUGACCAAGACAGUUGGGAUGACAGCGACGAUUCGGAACCCAAGAAAUUAUCAAAGAAGAAGCGUAGAAAACAGCAAAAGAAAGCGAUGCAAGAGCAGAAAAAGCCAAAGAAAGCAUCGACCUUUUUUGCCGACCUGUAAAACUUGCCAGCUCAUCCCUUUUCUCCAUCCUCAUUUCUCAUAAUCUUUUUGCUGCGAAAAAAAUAGAACAAGACCAUCGCAUGAUUUUUACCCGUAGUUUUAAUUUUUGAUUUUGCAUUAAAAAAAAAUAGCGCAUUUGUACACAAUAAUCCAU